CUCAAACUGGUAUAUACCGUAUAUACUCUUUCAGUUUCUCUAAUCGCACAGCAUGAUCAUAAUAAACUUGAAUGUUGAAAAAUGUAUCUGGUAGAGAGCAAGGGAGGAGCCAUACUGUGCAUGCUUGUGUCGCUGUUGUUCUUGGGAACAUGGCCAGGUGUCAUGACACUUUUGGAAAGAAGAGGCCGACUUCCUCAACACACCUAUCUUGAUUACACCUUCACCAAUCUCUUGGCUGCUGUUAUCAUUGCUUUCACUUUUGGUGAGAUUGGACCCAGCAAACCCAAUGAACCUAACUUCUUAUCUCAGCUUUCUCAGGAUAACUGGCCUUCUGUUCUGUUUGCCAUGGCCGGCGGGGUGGUCCUUAGCGUCGGAAACCUAUCAACGCAGUACGCUUGGGCUUUCGUCGGUCUAUCAGUUGUAGAAGUAAUCACAUCAAGCCUAACUGUUGUUAUAGGGACAACUUUGAAUUACUUCUUGGAUGACAAGAUCAACAGAGCAGAGAUUCUUUUUCCAGGAGUUGGUUGCUUCCUGAUUGCAGUUUGUUUAGGUUCCGCAGUACAUUCAUCAAAUACUGCUGAUAAUAAGACCAAGCUAGACAGUUUUUCAAGUCAUUACAAAGAUGCACCUCUGGGCCAUAGUUUACCCACCGUGAAAGAAACAAGAGUAGAUUUGAAGGACUCAGAGAAUGGAACUAUUCCUGCCAACAAAGCGAAGGCAGGAACUGCAGCUUUUCUUAUUGAACUCGAGGAAAGAAGAUCCAUUAAGGUGUUUGGAAAGAGCACUUUUGUUGGGUUAGCAAUAACUUUCUUUGCCGGUGUUUGCUUCUCGCUGUUCUCGCCGGCAUUCAACUUGGCGACAAAUGACCAGUGGCAUACCUUAAAGAAAGGGGUUCCCCAUUUGACAGUUUACACCGCAUUCUUUUACUUCUCUGCAUCUUGUUUUGUUCUGGCCAUAAUUCUAAAUCUUACCUUCCUUUACCACCCUGUCCUAAACUUACCAAAGUCGUCGCUUAAGGCAUAUUUGAGAGACUGGGAUGGAAGAGCUUGGGCACUUUUAGCUGGCUUGCUUUGUGGAUUUGGAAAUGGACUUCAGUUUAUGGGAGGUCAAGCUGCAGGGUAUGCUGCUGCAGAUGCUGUUCAGGCACUUCCACUUGUUAGUACCUUUUGGGGUGUAGUUUUGUUCGGAGAGUAUCGAAAAUCAUCAAGAAGAACAUAUGCAUUGCUUUGCAGCAUGUUACUUAUGUUUAUUGUAGCUGUUGGUGUACUAAUGGCAUCAUCUGGCCAUCGAAAAUGACAAUCCAACUAAGGAGAAAGAUGUUUAUAAUAAUGAUUGAAACAUUGAAACGAUUGUUUGGUGGUUAUUAAAUAUAGCGUCAAGGUUAAAGAUGUAAA